ACACUAAGUGCUCGAAAAUGCUGAAGGCUUCACUCUGAUCUCCGACUCCAAGGAUUUCGGGUGUGUUUUGAGGGAUCGGCCGAGAUCGAGAACACGUUUUCCACGAUCCAAUAAAAUCGUCAAAAAGUGAUUUUGGUUGAAAUCGUUUGAUUGAUUCGUCUGUCAAUUAUUCGACGUUCAUUCGUACGUUCGUUCGAUAACACGUACCGUGACGUGACGAUCGUAUUUAUCGUAAUGCUUCUAUUUUCGAUAUCGAUACGAAGCUAAACAAGAAAUACAUCAAAAAGUUAACGAUGAGAGUUCGUUGAUGCGCGUUGACGCUUGAUAAAUAAAAACAACUGUGAAAUCUGAAAAGUUAAACGCAUGAAUGAGUGAAAAAGUGAUACUACCAAGGGAUUUGCCAAAGGAUUUGGAGUAAUAUCAACAAUUUUUUCUAUUUUUCUUUUUCACGAUGAGUAAGUUUGAAUAUAAUAUAAGAAGACAUAUAUAUAACGUGGAAAAAGAUUCUUGUGAAUCAAGUUGGACUUGAAAUGAUGACCCUCGUAACCGAUACCAUCCCGUACGCGUACGAUAGCGUGACCAGCAGGUCGAGUUACGACACUUAUCGACAUCAUCAUCUGCAUCACCAUCAUCAUCAUCAUCAUCGCCAUAGACACAUCUAUGCGUCCACGGAUACCGAGUAUCUUCCGAGUUACGUUAGCAAAAGGGACACGGAGGAACGACAGAUGAGGAACGUCAACGCCGAUAACAGUUUGGCGUCAGUCAGCUCCGCUCAUUUUCGUCAUGAAAACGUCAGUAGGACACAGUCUCGAUACAUCCUAGACUCGGACGAUGCAUCGUCGGUUGUUUCUGCAGACGCCUCCGCGGAUCUCGAAUCGCCAUCGGCGGACGGAGAGGAAACGAAUGAGAGUGAAACGGUCGAGCACGUGCCACAUCCACACGUUCUGGACGCGGGAUCGCCUCACGGGCCACGGAGAUGCCUACUUUGGGCUUGUAAGGCUUGUAAAAAGAAAACCGUAACCGUCGACCGUAGGAAAGCUGCCACCUUGCGCGAAAGAAGACGCUUAAGAAAGGUGAACGAAGCUUUCGAAGUGUUGAAACGAAGAACGAGCAACAAUCCGAAUCAACGUUUACCAAAAGUGGAGAUCCUUCGAAAUGCAAUAGAAUACAUUGAAAGCUUAGAAGCGUUGCUGCAGGGCAACCGAUCUUCCGGUUCGCAGGAUCAUGCGUCUAUGGAAAAUAUGAACGGGGAGUCUCCGCAAUACGUGACGGACAGACUUCGACAAUUCUCGGAUCCCUUGGCAAGGUUUCAACCAAUUAACGGAUUCGAGCAAGUCGAAACGUCCUCCGGUCAAGGUAACGGCAGCAGUUUGGAUUGUCUGAGUAUGAUUGUUCAAAGUAUCAAUGGACCGGCACAAGCUCCGAUGGAGAGUCAUUACUCGUCGCAUCAUUAAGAUUAAGACAGUAUUAAGGGAUGGCUAUUUGGAGCUCGAGAAGCUCCAUCGAAACAACGUUAAAAAGUAUUCGUAGAGAUAUAACGAUAAGAAAAGUCAAAGAUCGAAUUUUACUAUUCGAUUCUGAUACCAAAGAACACGGAUAAAAAUGUAUCAAUCAGAAUUAUCCGAUUAAAAUUAAGUGUACAAUUGUAUGCUGUUGCCGACUCAAAAACAGUGGAGAAAAAGUUGGUAGGUAUAAACGAUUCACAACUUUCACGGAAGUAGCUAAUUCGCGAGAUUAGCGUUUUUUUCUGUUUUUUUUCUUUUUUUUCUUUUUCUUUCUUUUUUUUCUUUUUAACGAACUUCCGUGAGAUGCGAGUAGUACGAGGUAGCUCGUUGAAUUAACUCCAUUCUACGAUAAAAAUGUGUACACAAUUAGAUUUGUAUUUUCCGAGAUUAUGAGCUUCGUCUUUCUUCUUUUUUAUUUUCUUUUUUUUCUAAUUUUUUUUCUCCUUCAUUUUUUUUCUUAUUUUUUCUUUUUUUUUUUGAGAAUACCUAUACAUUUUCUACGUAGUUUAGCGUAAGACGAGAAAAAGAACAAAAGAUAUAAAAAGAUACAACGAGAUCGUCGCGUGUUCGAGAGAACGUUGGAAUCUUUUAUUUUCUAGUCCCAGAGAAGGUAUUUGUCUAAGUGCUACGAGUACGAAAAAUAUAAUUAGAAAAUUUUUCCGACACAAUGAGAAAGAGUGAGUGAGUGAGUGAGUGAGUGAGUGAGCGAGCGAGCGAGCGAGCGAGCGAGCGAGAGAGAGAGAGAGAGAGAGAGAGAGAGAGAGAGAGAGAGAGAGAGAACGAGUUAAUAUUUAAUUAGAUUUUUUCACAAAGCAUCUCGAUUACAAAUAACAAAUUUAGCCGCACUUCAUUAUUAUUAUUAUAUUUUGUAAUUAAUAAACGUUCGUACUUUUGUUGGUACCAAAGUCAUUAUUUUUAUAAACGUUCCAAACGUGAAUAAUGACCGACCUCGUCUACAAACGAUGCGAUGGAAUGACCAGCGAGAAUGGAAAAACAAUUAUCGCGAAAUUUUAUCGUAAAAGCGUAAUGGACGAGCGUCACCGGUUGAAAGCAUAUAUCUUGAUUUUCGAUCGCCCCAAUGUUACGCCAUUUUGAAUUAGUAUCGUUUAUAGGGAUUAUUAUUAGACGCGUUUAUUUUGAACGUGAUGGCACAGUUCGAUUUUUCUUCUUUCAAAAUUUUAAGGAUUUACGCUUCCAUUUACACAAUUUAUAUUUUAUCGAUUUUAAAUUGAUUUUUAUUCGCCGUAAAAAACGACGAAUUCUCUCUCUCUCUCUCUCUCUCUCUCUCAAACUGAAAGAAUUUUAUGUACGAGAAUAUAAUGGUAUGUAUGAUUUAUAUAUGUACACUUUUAUUUUUCUCUUUCAAGAUAUUGUAAAUACGUUGAUUCAAUAAAUAUAUCGUUGUAAAAAGGAAAA